AUGACGUGCAUCAAUUCUGACAACUUCCUGGCCGUCGCCCUCGUCAUCAACCGCUCGCGCGACGGCCCGGCUUUUGUGUUCCAUUACCCGCCCGACGUUCAACCGCCCGUCUCCGGCGCCGCGGAGCCUGCAGAGACGCAUGACACCGAGGACCUCCUUCUGGAACGCCUGUCUGUACAUACGCGUAGGGAGAGCGAUGUCGGCACCACCUCCGCCAAGCACCGCCAUCAUGACGAUCACCUCAUGACCGAGUCCGGCACGCAAAUCGUCCCCUGGGAACAUGUUGCCGGUUUCCCCAUCCGCGACCUCGCCGGCAUCUUGACGCCCGCCCGCCCUUACCACAAGAAGCUCUUCCAGCUAUCUCUCGAUCCCCUCCUGUGCAUCUCCUACCCCAUCCAUGUGCCCGAAAAUGGCAAAUGGAAGAAGCCCAAGCGGGCUGACAAGGCGGGCGCUCGAUCCGCCAGCUCGCGGAUUGCGGACGACAACAUCGCCCCCCACGAAACGGAGCCACCCCCGCCUCCUCCACCGCCGCCCGAGACGGUCACCAAGGACAAGGACGGCAAGAAGGAUGACGCCGACGACGAGAAGCGCAGCUCCAUGACCAUGUUCAACCUCGUCUUCAUCCUGAACCCUAAGAGACACGAGGUUCGGGAGCUCGUCGACAGCCUCUACAGUAACAUUGUGAAGAAGGUCAACAAGGCCUACAAGUACAGCCAGCAGCAUAGCGACUUCAUUUGGAAGGAAUCGAAGCGGAUUCUCGCUGCAAAGGACAAGGCACGAGAAGACAAGAAGAGUAUGAGCAUGCUGUGGAAAGAGCUGCUUCAGACAUCGUCGCUGGCAGCAUCGGUCCACGACAUCUACGAGGCCGUCUCGCAGAACAAAAUCGCGACUCUUCACCUGGACACGGCGGCCGGCGUGCUGUCGCCCUCGGUCCAGAUCCCUGCGCCAUUCUACGUGUCUGAUCUCCCCAAUGAGCACGAGGGCGGCCAGCGCGGCCUCUGGCUCACGACGGCGAACGCCUUUCUGAGUCAGGAUGCCCUGGAGGAGCCCGGCUUCCUGGAUCGCAACUUUGCCCUGCUGCUAAUGGAUGACGAGAAGAAGAUCAUCUCGGAGCUUCAGGCCGACAGAGAUCCGACCACCCUGUCCAUGAUAGAAUUCGUGCGGCUUGCCAAGCCGACCAUGUCCUUCUACCAAGUUGGGCAAACCAACAGCGUUCUCACCCUGGGCCAGGUUCGCAAGUACGCCCAGCACUUCAUCUUCUGGCGCCGUGCCAUCGCCAUCCCGCCGCUCCACGCCCGCGACGUCUACGUCGUCUCCCCCAACUGCGACCUGUCCCGCCUCCCCGAGGCGUCGCAGGAGUGGCAGCGCGCCUUCCCCGUCGCCCCGCCGCUGCCCAACUUCCUUGCCGAGCUCUCCAUGUGCCCCAAGCCGUACAAGACGUUCUGCUCGAGCAAGGCCCAUCGCCCGCUCUACCUCCGCAUGCUGGCGUGGCUCAUGCGCGGCGGCUGGGUCACCCAGCUCUGCACCUUUGCCUACGUCGUGGUCUGGCCCGAGAUCCUCUACGAGGUCGACUACGAGAUCGAGGCCGAGGAGCUCGCCGCCGCCGCCGAGGAGACCCGGGCCCAGGACGAGGGCAACGGACCAGCGGGCCCGUCUACGCCGCCCAACGGCUCCGCCGCCUCCCCAACGGCGGAGGCUCACCCCGACGAAGGAGGCACCACGAGCUCCGCCUCGGCCGCCCGUCCGACCGCGGAACACGCCGCCGAGAUGGCCCGCCUCGAGCGCAUCGCCCUCAAGGCCACGCGCGAUGCCGCCGACAAGGCCACGGCGCACGCGCGCAAGACGGUCCCCGUCGCCACGGCCCGCCCCUCCACCAACGACGCCCUCCACCUCGCGGGCAUCACGCCGCACAUCAUUCUCGACGCCAAAAAGGCCACGGGCAAGGAGUCGCGCUACCUGUCCGCCAUCGCGCACCGCCUGCGCGACGAAAAGGCCCGCUCCGCCUGGCAGGUCAUGUGCAAGUACUUUGACGGCCACUGCGCCCUCGAGCGCAUCGCCCUCCAGGAGGACAUGAAGCGCAAGGAGACGUGGAACCUCCUCACCGCCAUGUCCGAGUACCUGCUCUGCACGCGGCAUUGGUGA